AUGUAUAAGACGAAGCACGACCUAGGGAGUCCUAAUUACAAUCUCAACACUCCCAAGAUACCCCCCAAGGCGCUUCCACAGUCGCCACCACUCAUGCCCCCUCCGAGUCGUUCUUUUAGCAGGGCCGAGCAUCGUUCGUUCACAAUGCCAAAGCUCUCUCUUUCGAGCUCAAUGUCACGGGCGCACACGCCCAAAUCUUCCACACCACAGCCCCUCAAGUCCAUCCUGAAGGGCAAGACUUCCCCUCCUCGUGACUCAUAUGAAAGCGAUGGAGAAGUUACUGCCGCCAAGAAAGGUUCGCGGAAUAAUGAUGUAUACACAGUGCCCAACUCCCUUCCGCAACAUGCGCACUUGGGUCCCAUGAAGGGUCCCGCACUAAACCUUCACUGGAAGCUGCUCCCCUACCAUCCAAAGCGAUCAAAGCGAUUUCUUCACUUCGAUGUUGCUUUCCCAACUCACGACAUCGAGUUCAGACAGAACUCGUCUUACGGUGUUCAACGAACAAGCUUGUCUGAUGCCGACUUUGAUAAGUCGGCUGCAGAUGAAAAGUUGGUCAAGAUGACCAUCAACUUUCAGCGAGGUCCAUUCGAGUGGGAUAUCGACGUGAAGCGUGAUAAAGGCAUUCGUGUCCGCGAUGUCUUUGAGGCGAUAUAUGCGGCUUUCGACGUACCGCUCACUCCUCAUGAGAAAAGCUUAAUCCCGCACCACCGCCGUGCGGUAUAUGAAGAGGCAUUCAGGCUUCGCUGCAAGUUAGCGCCAGGGCUUCCUAUCGUCGAACAGCGCAAAGGCUGGAAGCGCGUAGACACGCUUCUGCACGAGACCCUCUUCCGUGGUCUGACGCAGCCGAAGUCAGGAGGAGACUGGGUAUUGAAUCUCAGCGGGUCGGUACCCGUGAACAGCCACUGA